AUGCAUGUCGACAUCCCCAGCGUCCUAGCGGGAUUUGCCUGCCUUGCAAGCGCCGUGUCCGGGACCGCCCUCCCGCCCGCGUCUUCGGCAGAGAAGCUCCUAGCUUCGUUGCAGAAGCAGGCCGUCGCGGCUUUGAAGGAGAGGGGAGCAGGUGCGAACGGAUGCACAGUCGAGAAUGCCGCUGUUAGGCGUGAUUGGGCCAAGUUGAGCAAGAAAGAGCGCAAAGAGUACAUCCGCGCCGUGCAGUGCCUCCGCUCGGCCCCCGCCAAAGGAGAGGCUUCCUUUGCGCCCGGGGCCAAGACGCGGUUCGACGACUUUGUGGCGGUCCACAUUAACAACACGCUGACGAUCCACGGCACGGGCAACUUCCUGACGUGGCACCGGUACAUCACCUGGGCGUACGAGAAGGCGCUCCGCGACGAGUGCGGGUACAAGGGGACGCAGCCGUACUGGAACUGGUUCCACCGGGCCGACGACAUGACCAAGUCGCCCGUGUUUGACGGGUCCGACACGUCGCUGGGCGGCAACGGCGAGUUCAAGGCGCACAACGGCACCCUGGGUGGCGGCGGCGCCAUCUUCAUCCCGCCGGGCCAGGGCGGCGGCUGCGUGACCGAGGGCCCGUUUGUCAACUUGUCCGCCAACAUCGGGCCCGUGCGCCCGGGCAUGGACGGGCUGCUGCCCUCGCCCACGGGACCGCUGGGGCCGAACCCGCGCUGCCUGUCGCGGGACCUGAGCAACGUGGUGUCGCGCACCUACUUUACGCACGCGAACCUGCACAACCUGACGCUCGGCGCGGCGUCGGCGUCCAUCGCCCUGAUGCAGCUCGAGUUCCAGGGCCGGUUCGGCGAUGGGUUCCUGGGCAUGCACGGCGCCGGCCACUUUGGCGUGGGCGGCGAGGCGAGCGACCUCUUCUCGUCCAUCAACGACCCGUCCUUUUACAUGCACCACUCCAUGGUCGACUUUGUCUACUGGAUCUGGCAGGCUCUGCACCCGGACCAGGCCGGCGACGUUGCCGGCACCAUCACGGUCAACAACGACCCGCCCAGCAGGGCCACGAGGAAGGACGACCUGCUGAAGAUGGGCGUCACGGCCCAGGACAGGCCCAUUUCCGACCUGUUGGAUACGCUGGGGGGCACGCCGGGAUGCUAUAUUUUUGAAUGA